AUAGAUCCGACAAAACGUAAAACAGAAAUUCCCUUUUAAAGUUCCUUUCUUCCUUCUCCCCUCUAUCUCGUCAGCAAUUUACGAUCACCGAAACCUCAACCUUUCACUGUCUCAGACUCUCUCUCUCUCUGUGUUCUUUUUUUAAUAUUAUUUUUCAGAAGCAAAUUUCACAUGCACUCAAAUAUUCCAGGGAUAUAGGUCUCACAAGAGAGCUCAAUAGAAAAUAUGGAUGAUUGUCUUGAAAAUGAUGAUUCCAUGUUGACCAGAGAACCAGACAUUAAAUAUGCAGUUGAUAACGUUGAAGUCGUUCAUGGUUACGUGGAUGAAAAAGGCUUUGAUAGAAGGGAUGAUUCCAAUGAGGAUCUCAACCAGCAUGAGCAACAGAUUUCUCAUUCACUAGAUGCAGACUUCAGAGAUCAAAUUUCAGAAUCUCCGGAAAAAUCUUAUUACGUGGCCAUUGAAUCUGAUCAUGACAAUGCCAUAGAAACAAAAUCUCACCUUCAAGAGAGGACUCAGUCCACAUACAAUGAUAGUAAUCAUUACCAAGGUGAGAUGGAUGAGUUGCAUGGCAGUAAUUUUUUUAAAACCUCCUCUCAAUCUAAGUCGCAAACUUUCGAUAAUGAAAUGGGAACUGAAGAUUCUCCUAAUUCACAGGAGUCUCCUCUGACAGAAAAUAAGAACCAGGGAGCCGGAGAUUCUGACUUGGUUAGGUCACCUCGUACUGGAAGAGCAAGGAAUAUCAGCUCUGAGAAGUUACAAGAUGAUUCAAUUACGUCUUCCAUUCAUGAAAUAGAAAAGGAAGCUACUGAUACACAAACAUGGCAGUCAUUAUCUUCUCCUAAAUCCCACUGGUUAAAUAAUAAACCUAACGAAGAUGACUCCUCGGGUGAGAACAGAAUACGAGGAGUACCCCAGUCUGACCUUCAAUUUCUUGGAAGAUCAGCCGGAGGAUCAAUUUCUCCUGUGACUAGGAGACAAAUGUCAAUUUCACCUGAAGGGUCUCCUUUGCCACUUCACUCUCUCCAUGACAGUAAGCAUAUAUCUUCUCAGCAAGGUUCUCCAGACCCAUCAUAUGAACCUCAAUCUCAUAGACAGAGAAUUUCUUCACCUCAAAGGUCUGACAUGCAUACAGGAGUUUUCCCUGGUCAUUUGUCUCCUGUAAGGCAAACCUCUGUUUCUACACAUGACAUUCGGCAAGAGCCCCUGCAAGACAGUUUUGCAGUGAAGCACAUAUCUGCAUCCCUAAAGUCCCAUCACUCGCAUCCAAAGUAUCGGAAAAGGGACAGAUCAGAGUCACGAUCACCCACUAGGCAGAGAGGUUCGCCGUCUCGGAGCAGAGGUUCUCCUACUGGUCAUAGAGAUUCACGAAUACGGCAUAGAGAUUCACCCACUCGGCAUAGAGAUUCUUAUGCCUACCAGAGAGAUUAUCGUGAUAGAUUUCGAUCAAGGUCCCCAUAUUCAAAAUCCCAUCAUAGAUCAAGGUCCCCUUAUUCAAGAGCCCAUUAUAGAUCAAGAUCCCCUUAUUCAAGAGACCAUCAUAGAUCAACAAGGCGAAGGCAAUCUCCAAGGCGCCGGUCCCCUUUUCCUGAAUAUCAUAAUUAUCAUCGCCGGUCUCCUAGAAGGACACCUUGGUCACCACCUCCUAAUAGGAAAACCGGAUUAGGGAGACCUGGUAGAAAUUUAUUUGUUGCAGGUUUCAGCUUCUUAACUACAGAGAGAGAUUUGGAAAGGAAGUUCUCUAGGUAUGGCCGAAUACAAGAUGUUCGUAUUGUUAGAGACAAGAGGUCCGGAGAUUCACGUGGAUUUGGGUUUUUGACCUUGGAAAGUGAUGAAGACGCUGAUGCGGCAAUCAGGGCUCUAGAUGAGACUGAGUGGAAUGGUCGGAUUAUUCUCGUGGAAAAAUCGAAAAGUUGAGCAACCUUACCAUAGCUACAUAUAGGAACCUUUUUCGGUUGGUUAAUGUUGUAAUUUACUGAAGUUGAUACUGUCCACCAGAAUCACAGUAAUCACCUAUAGCGCAUAUAAAGUAGACAAGUAUAAUCUAGAAAAGUUAUUCCUUUCAUCGUU